UCCUUUUUUUUUUUUUUUUCUUCUUUUUUUCACCGUAACAAGAGAGGAGACAUGAAUUUCAGCUUCGAAGGGAAUUAUAAACCAAGACGUAAUAUUAACUUGGGAGGUGUCAAAUCGGUCGACGAUAAACGUGCGUUAAUGGCCAAAGCUCAAGCUGAACGUAAAGCCAGAGAACAAGACCGUUUAAAACUCAAAAGUGCACAGCAAAUUCAGAACUUCUUUAGAGGACGUAAACAAGCUUCCAUCAUUCGACACGAACAACGAAAAGAAUUCGAACAGUUGCUUGUACAAACUCAAAACGAAACAUGCCUAGACCGAAAGAAAAAAUUCAUUACCACCAUGGCCAGACAACUCUUAUUAUUUUAUCAACCCACACCCGGGGACGCACUCUACCUCGACGGGUUUAUCGGGCUGCUAUUAUCACCCGUAUCAAACACAACCAGUCUCUUGACCGAUAUGUUUACCACACAGGAUAAAGAGACUCUCGACUCCUGGAUUUGGAUUGCCUGCUUACUAAUUAAAAAGGUGCUUUUACAAAGCAUCAAGAGUCAUGCGCCUGCGUGUCAAUUGCUAUCUCUGUUAAUAGACCCGAUGACGUACCCACAACAUCAGAACGAUAGAAACCGUAUGCGAAUUGUAACUUUUGCAUUAUUCAACACGGAUUUACUCCGCCAGAUAAAAGACGUCGUCAUGCUGCAUACAACCAUGGACAAGGGACCGCUCGAAAACAUUGUAUUCCAAUUAGCCACUCUAUCACCGCCGUAUGACUACCCUGCCUCUUUACUUGUCCAAACCUAUGGAAAAAACAAGAAAAACACCCAGUACCUCACAAGGCCUCUCUUGGUGCGCAUGCUCACCCUCGAAUUAUUGACACAACCUUUCUUACUCGAUCACCUAUCCCAUCAUCUAGCGACAGCACUCGUCACUCAUUUGCCCUUAAAAGACAUCUUGGACACAACAGCUACCUUGUUUUAUCAUGAGGAUGGACAGCAACAGAGAUUGCAGGAUAUGGCAGUGGCGGGAUUAUUAAUGAAUAUUACCGAAUUGAGUGAUAUUGAUUCUGGUAAAUACUUGGAUGGCGCACUUACGGAAUAUGCCAAGGCUGUACAAUUGCUAUUGACGCAUUUGCCAAUUUCUUAUUUAGCAGACCCCAGUGCUCCCGUCAAUCACGAUAUGAUGGAUGUAGAAGAUGAUUCAUCCUCAGAUGAUGAGGAGGAGAAGCCGGAUAUCAUCAUGAAGGAGGCGACACAAGUACCCGGUGAGAGUCAAGACGAAAUUUUACCGGGUAUACGAGCACGACUGGGAUUACUGUAUGAUUCGGAACGCGUGAACCAUUUAUUAUACCGAUUUAUGAAAUUGGCCACCUCAGCAGGAAACGGUGAAGUGAUUCAAUCUAUCUCGAGCUUUUUCAAUACCCUCAUGUUACGUUGGCCCAUGAAAAAGGACACCAUCCUCAAUACCUUGUUAUACAAGGCCUCCAAUACACACCAUUUACUGCAGAUUUUAUGGCACGCUUGGUCGGAUUCGGACGAAUCCAUCCUUUUUAAAGAGGACCAAAGUAUCAUUCGACAUUUAUCUGAAGCCGUUAAAUCCAUUACAGAUUCGAAAAAGACGUGCUUUGAAAGUUGGUCUGUUUUAUUCUUACUUUGUGAGGUCUAUACUCGAUUAUUAUUAACCCUGGGCGAUGAAGAAUUUCUGGAAAAGAAUCCAUCCACUGUCCAUUCCAAUCCUUUGGGAUUAACGCAGGUGAUGGAAUUAGGUACACAACUAAAGAAUAUUUCGUUUGUCAUGUUUUGGCGUGCCAACAGUAUGGAUCUUACACAAUCGAUUGGAUUCACGGGUAUUCAAUUAACUCAGCUUCGUACCAGUGUCACUCAUCUAUUGCAACAAAUUCAUAUGCGAGAUUCGCGUCGACCCUUCUGUCCCGAAGAUCAUUGGUUAAUACCCGACUUGGAUACCGAUACCUUCUCCAGCGAAGCGGUAGCGGAAGAGUUUAACCUGGAGAGCGAACAACAACAGGAGCAUAACAUGCCACUCAGACCCUUACGUAUGAUAUCUAAGGGUCGAUUAGCCGUGAUCAGUCCUCGCCUUGGAUUGUUAAACAACAUCCCCUUUGUGAUCCCCUUUGAGCAACGUGUCGAGAUCUUUCGGAUGUUUGUCCAGAACGACAAGAAACGUAACAAGAUUGAUGAGUUCUAUAGUCGUCCCAAAGCCGCUGCCACUGUGAGAAGAGACCAUAUGUUGGAAGACGGCUUUCAUUCACUCAACGCCUUGGGCGUCGAAUUGAAAAAUAAGGUGGCUAUUUCCUUUGUGGAUGAGUUUGGUUUGGAAGAGGCAGGGAUUGAUGGUGGUGGCGUCUUCAAGGAGUUUUUGACAGGUCUGAGUGUGGAAGCGUUUGAUACAAAUUAUGGUUUGUUUGUCACUACCCCGGAUAAUUUGAUCUAUCCAAAUCCAAGCUCAAGAGCGACAGAACCCCAAAAAUUAGAAUAUUUCAAGUUCCUUGGCUUAAUUAUUGGUAAAGCAGUGUACGAGGGUAUUUUGUUGGAUGUUGCAUUUGCCGAAUUCUUUUUAAAGAAAUGUCUUGGAAAGGUCAACUGUUUGGAUGAUUUGGUCUCGUUGGACCCUGAAUUAUACAAGGGAUUAUUAGCAGUAAAGAAUUUCGAUGGGAAUGUCGAAGAUCUUUCUUUGGACUUUACCAGUACGCAUCUGGAGAACGGUCGGUCUGUGAAUGUAGAGUUAAUCGCGAACGGAAGCCAAAUCGCGGUCACGAACGCGAACCGAAUCCAGUACAUCUAUCUGAUGGCGAAUUAUCGAUUGAAUGUGCAGAUUGCCAAACAAUGCAGAGCCUUCUUUCGAGGAUUGUCCACGAUUGUGGAUAUUAAAUGGCUUCGCAUGUUUAAUCCACAAGAGUUACAGAUUAUGCUGGGUGGGGCCUCCGUGCCCAUCGAUCUGAGGGAUCUACGUACCCAUACCGUACUUGCAGGGUUUACAGAACGCGAUGGGGCCGUACAGAACUUUUGGAAGGCCCUCGAGUCGUUUGAUAAUUCACUACGCAUGAAGUUUGUCAAAUUCGUCACGUCUUGCUCUCGACCACCCUUGUUAGGUUUCAAGGAACUCGUACCCCAGUUUUGUCUUCGUAAUGCGGGUGAUACCAAUGAAAGAUUGCCUACCAGCUCUACCUGCGUCAAUUUGUUGAAAUUGCCUAAUUAUAGUAACUAUGAAAUCCUAAGAGAGAAAUUACUGUAUGCAAUUACGGCGGAUGCUGGAUUUGAUUUGUCAUAGAACAAACAAAAAAAAAAAAUCACAUUUUUGUUUGUAACAAAUACAAUCUCUAUUUUUGCAUAAAUAAUAAAAUGACCCAGUACCCUGGGAAUGUUUGCUAUUUAUAAAUGUUACAGAAUAAAAGACACCCCUG